AUGCUCAAACCAAAUCAAAAUACUAGUAGAAGCAAUUCAAGUUUACUUUUGGAAUCAGAGAGAUUAUUGAUCAUCCAGAAAUCAAUGUCAAACAGAGGUAGAUCUUUAUCACCUACCGCAGGUAAUAAUAAUGCCAGUCGUUCAUCGUCUGUUUCAAAUGAAGAUUAUAAUAAGGACUUGAAAUGGUCAAUCACCAAUCAUGAUCCUCUGGAACGUCUCGUCAAACAUUCAGAUGUAGUCUCAUCAUCCAACGACACUAAUAAUACGACCACCAAGAAUACUGCCAAUGACUUGAAUGAUUGGGAAAAUGAAAUCAGUGAUGAAGAACAUAUCAGUGACGAUGAUGCUAAUGAAAAAUUUCAAUAUGAUGAUACCGGUAACAUUUUACCAAAUUAUGCAUGUCAAGAUGAAAAAAUUAAUGAAAUUAGUUCUAUAUUAGAAAAUUCAAAUUUAAAUGAUCAAUUAACUAUAAAGAAAUUAGAAGAAUUAACGGCUAGUGAAAGAGCAUUUGCAAAUACAAAAAAUAUUGGUGGAACUAUUGAUCGAGAAAUUUUAAAUAAAUUAGCUAGUGAUAAACAGAAAUUAACUGGUUUAGAAACUCUUGAUUUAAAUAAAUCAGAUCAAGAUGCUUUAGCAAGAAGACAAAAAUUAGAAAAUUAUCAAAGAUAUAGAAGAAAAAUCAUUGAUCAAGAAAAUGGUGCCACAAGUCCACCUCCAUCAUCUGGUCCAACCACUACAUCAACCACAUCUGCAUCAGCCACUACCACAACAAAUACAACACCAGCACCAGUCAUUGUCACUACCGAUACAACCACAGGUGAAACCAGUACCGCCACCCUCACUACAAACGUCGAUGAUGAUGAUUUCUUAAUUCCAUACACUUCCGCAGUUGAAGAUAAAUUAGAUAGUGAAUUUGCAUCUCAAUUAAAUGAAACCAUUGUAGAAGGUGAAAUUGAUAGUAAUAAAACUCAUUCAAGAGUGAUUCAAACCAUCGUUAGAGGUAAUUUCUUUCAAUUAAUCAAUCCAAAAGUCAAACCUAAAAUGUUCUUAGUAUGUAUGGAUUUCUCCCCUGAAUCAAUCUUUGCCUUAGAAUGGUGUCUUGGUACAGUUUUAGUGGAUGGAUCAGUCUUAUUCAUUGUCUACGUCAUUGAAGAAAAUGAUAAUAAUCAUAAUUUAAAAGGAAACACUCAAAAUGAAAAUACUCGAGAACAAUAUCGAUUAAAUAUGUUGAAUAAAGCUAAACAACAAGUAUUAAAUUUAUUAAAAUUAACCAAAUUACAAAUCCACAUUGUCAUUGAAAUCAUCCAUCAUCCAAUCCCUAGACAUUUAAUCCUUGAAUUCAUUGAUAAUUUACAACCUACCUUAGUAGUAGUUGGAUCAAAAGGUCAAAGUGCUAUCAAGGGAGUAUUAUUAGUGCCUGUUAUGGUGGUUAGAGAAAAAUUAAAGAAAAUUAAUAGAUUUAAAUCUGGUUCUUCAGUAUUUUCUAAUAAUAUUAAACCAUUAACUUUAUCAGAAGCUAGAAUUGAUUAA